AUGGUAAGCAAUUCUUCUUACAGAAAAUCCUUCAUCAAUUCCUCGAUAAAAGUAGCCAGACUUCACGGUUUACAAGGAAUAGACUUCUAUUGGAAUUAUCCAGAGACAAACUCCGAUGGGUUCAACAUGGGAAUACUACUUCAAGAGUGGAGAGCUGCUAUUGAUUCAGAGGCAAGAAACUCAAACAACUGGCAACUGAUCUUGACAGCACAGGUUAAAUAUUCACCAUCUGUGUCUUCAAUAAGUUACCCUACUGAGAAGAUGCAACAACAUUUGGAUUGGGUCCAUGUUGUGGCUGAAGGAUACACCACUCCUCUCAUGACAGACCUUACAAGCGCUCAUGCAACUCUGUAUGACCCAAGUACUUUUGUUAACACAGAUUACGGUAUAAGAGAAUGGAUCGAUCGAGGAUUAUCAGCUAAUAAACUGGUUUUGAACUUGCCUUUCUAUGGCUAUUCAUGGAAGCUCGAGAAUCCUGUGAACAAUGGAGUUGGUGCACCAGCAACGGGACCUGCCAUUUCAACGGACGGAUUCUUGACCUACAAGCAAAUAAAAUAUUACAUCAAGCAAUAUGCUCCUGAUGUUCGUGUUAGGUACAACUCAACUUAUGUGGUGAAUUACUGGACAGAGGGAACAACUUGGAUUGGGUUUGAUGAUGUUGAGGCUAUUACAGCAAAGGUUUCUUAUGCCAAGGAGAAGAAGCUGCUUGGCUACUUUGUGUGGGAAGUCUCUUUCGAUGAUAAUUGGGUGCUUUCUAGAACUGCAGCUGGAGUUGCUAUAAAUGAUUCUUCAGUUCACGAAGAUAAUAAAAAUGGACAAAAUAAUAAUUCUUCAGUUCACGAAGAUGAUAAAAAUGGACAAAAUAAUAAGAGGCCUUUGUUAUUAGUCCUUUUUCCUACAACAGAUAAAAGGUAA